AUGUCGUUUCUCUCGCAAUGGAAUGAGUUGCAGGAGGCUGCCAUCCAAGGAGACGCAGAUGCCGAGCGCCUCGCAUCGAAGGUCCUGGGCUCUGGCACCCAAACCGUUUUGCUGCGGAGCGAGCGUCUGCAAGAGCUCAUGCGGGGCUCCGGGGUGGACGACUGGCGAGAGCUCGUAGCGCGGAUGCUCGACUGGGAAGGUUUCUGCUCCACACGAUAUUUGGAGACAGUUACGCAUGUUGCAAUGCACAUGGAGGGGACUGAGCGCAGCGCGCGGGUUUGCAAUUGGAAGGAGCUCGGGUUGGCAGGGCAGCAGGAAUGGGCCUUCCAAACAGGUGGGGUGGUCAGCCCGGUCGUCGCGUUAGCAAUCGGGAUGGUCGGGGCUGAUGGGAUCGUUCGGAAUGGGAUGAUCAGCGGUCGUGAGAAUUGGUCGGAGUGGGGAACCAUGGGCCGCCCAGCCUCCCUUUUGCUCUCCGGCGUUGCCUGGGACUACACCAAAGACGAGGGGCGGCGUAGGAUCAGCACCGCAGAGGUGGAUGUCAGCUCCUCGCGGCCGCGCAUCUUGCCGCAGAGCCUGGGUGGCCGUCCCUGGACGAGUCUGAGGGAGAACCGAAGGCAUGUCUUCCAGUUCGACUACUGCCCUACGCAUACUGCGCGGGUGGAUGCCUCUCGACGUGCCCCAAAACGGGAGGAUCGGCUGGAGCGGGCAGGCUCCUGCAGUGGCCGCUUCCAAAGGUCUGCUGGUUGCAUCACCUCUUCGAAUGGCUUCAAGAUGAACUACUCUGUCCCGCAACUCGAGGAGCGGAGCCUUUUGGGCGCUGGGUGGACCCGCUCUAGCGGCUCCAAAGGCGCCCUCAAGAAAGGGCCAGGGCCAGAGCCAGUGCGGCGUAAUGGAUGGCUGCGAAACUCAAUGGAAAGUUCAGAGGCCUCUGAGCUUGGUGAAGCCAUGCGGGCUCUUUUUAGUGCCUACGACUUCAAAGAAGAUGGCCGCAUCGACCUGGAGGAGUAUGUGCAGGGCCAGCAAAUCAUUGCUGAUGUCCUCGGAGAGAGCUUUGAGCGUGACACAGCGACCCAGUACUUCUAUGCCAUGGAGAAUUCCAAGCUUGGAAAGGUCUCCUUCGUGGCCUUCUUCCGCGGGGAGCUGCGUCGGUUGCAGGAGCAGUCAGAGCUGGGACUUGGUCCUGGGCGGGAAGAGUGGCCACAGAAAGUGGCUUGGCUUGCUCAACAAAUCACGCUUGGGCAGCAAAGGCUGCGCUUAAAGUGCAGCCUUGAGCUGGGGCAGCUUGCCAGGGAGCGGCAGCCUGACACAGCUCGCCUCCGUGAGCUUCGGAUGAAGCGGCAGGGCGAGCUGGAGGGUCGCCUCAUUCUGCGAGGCGUCGUGUCCAACUUGGGCCAGCUUGCCGCCACUGAGCUUCUGAAUGCAAACUUGGAAGUGGUCUCCAGAGCGGAAUGCAACCCACGCGGGGUUUUCGAGCAUCGCUUGGACGGGCCUGAGGUCAGCGUGCUGCGUGCAACAGCUCCUGGCUACUGUCCUAGCUUUUGCAAGGUCAGCACUGCGGGCCUACAGCAUGCAGCUGUGAAGCUUGCGCCCUUCACUAUCCAAGCCAAGCUGAAGGCCGAGGCAGGCCGUGAGGCCAGGCUGGUGAGGGAGGGCGGUGCCAGCUUCGAGGUGCCAGUUGGUCUGCUGCAGAAGGAUGGCAAGGACUUCAGUGGCCUUGUGUCCUUCGCGGCCGCGGUUGAGAUGAAGGACCUGGAUGAGCUCUUGCCCUGGAGCUUGGGUCUUGCCGCGGAUGGUGAUAUUGUUAUGCUGCAGCCUGUCCUUGCGGUUUACGCGCAGCUUCAUGAUGAUUUGGACGGCAAGCCCCUGCAGUUGAAAGGAGGAGCUCGCAUCCAGGCCGGCUUUAGUGGCAAAGUCGAGCUCCCCAAACGAAGUCCGGCUCUUUGGCAGCUGGACUCGCAGUGCCUUUGGGAGGAGCUGCUGCUGCCUGUGGCAGUGGAUGACCUCGAGGUGCCGCUGCCACUGUUUGAGCAGCAGGAGAAGCCAGAGGCGAUGACAGUGGCGGCUCUGUUUGCGCAGCGCCGGCAGGAUGAAGUGGUGCUCAAUCUCUCAGACACUGCUGAGGCAGAGCUGCUGGCGGCUUUGGGAGAGCCUCAGCGGCCUCUGCGGAAGAAUCGCUUCUAUCAGAGUCUGCAGGCGCAGGCGCUUGUGCCCUCCUUGCGCCGAAUGGCGGCGUCCAUUACAGAGGAUGCAACUGUGACGGAGCUGAUCAGUGGGAAGAGCAUCAGUCAGGUGGACUCCAAAGCCUUGGAUCUCUUGGCGCUGGAGCAGCUUUGUGCCGCCUGGGCACAGGGUCCCGGCCUGCUGGAGAUGCGCGAGGCACUUUCAAAAGCUGGCGAUGUGGCUCAGGCCUUCUUGCUUGUUGCUGAAGCGCAGGCACGGCGCAAGGAGGCUGCUCGGGUGCAGGACCUGCUCCGCAUUCAGCCGCAGAAGGCAGCUACUUUCAGCCGCAUCAAUGAGCUGUUGGAGGGCUUCAAUGGCCAGGAGCGAUCUGUGGCCGAGCACCUGGCCAGUGACCCACAGAUUUGUCGCCAGGCCAGAGUGGAGCAGAUCAGGGAAGCGGUUCUUUCCCUUCUGCCUGGUGCUUGUCCCAGCAGCAAGGAGAUCAGUGAUCAGGACCAGGCCGCUUUUCACCAGGGCCAAAAGCGACGCGCAGCGGCCGAGCUGGAGCUCGAGGCGGCGCAGGCCUCGGCAAGGCAACUGCAGGAAGAGCUGGAAAUUGCGAAGGCAGACAAGAAGAAAAAGCAGGAGGCCGCCAGGUUGGCUGAGGAGCUUGAGCAGGCACAGGCGCAGGUGGAGGAGUUGAAGGAGAAGCUGCAGGCAGAGUCAGCGACUUCACCAGAGCAAGUGGCAGAGAUCCUGGCCUCUGAGCAAAAGCAGCUGGAGAGGUCCACCCGAGGUUCGCCUUGGCAGGAUGCGUCCCAGCACAAAGAGAAGGAGGGCAAGCACUCUAUCAGCCUGCCUUUGGCAGCCAACUGCUGGAGUUGCCUUGCUGCUCCCAAGGUCUUCUCUCUUCCUGGUGUGCGGCAGGGGCAGGUGUGCUCGCUGGUGUUGGGACGCCUGCACACUGCAGAGGUGGCCAUUGUGAGUGCCAAGCCAACGAGGCCGGGCCUGGCCGAGCGUUGUGCCUCCGUGGAGCCGGAGGGGCACUUCAGCCUGCUGGUGGCGGCUGGGGAAGAGUUCCAUGUGAAGGUGCUCCGUGAUGAUUUGCAGACGGUGGAGAGCUUCGGACCCUUCACUGCUGAGAGUCCAGGCAACAUCCUCCACGUGGGCGUCCUGGGGGAGUCUGUUGCCGGUCCUGCAAAAGUCACGCUCAGCCGCUACUUGGUCACUCGCCGAGGUACCUCCAAAACGAUGCGCUCCAGCCACAGCAGUGACCCCACCAAGAGCUGAAGGCUUAGGGUGCGGUACACUGGUUAAUGCGAAGAAUCUCGUCCGAGCAGAAGCUCCAGGGCAGUGACGCUGUAGGGCUUUGGAGCAAAUCACUGGGUGCGCGAUCCUGUUUGCUU